GGAAUACCGCUCAUAGAUCGACCAAAAUCUCUCUACUUCUCGGAUCGUCUCUAUCCUUCAACCUUGAGACAACCAUGGCGUUUCCCUACAUGGAAGCCGUAGUCGGAUUCAUGAUAUUGAUGUACAUCUUUGAGACAUAUCUAGAUUUGCGACAACACACUGCUCUCAAGCUGCCAACCCUUCCUAAAACUUUGGAAGGGGUGAUUAGUCAGGAGAAGUUUGAAAAAUCUAGAGCUUAUAGUAUUGAUAAAAGUCGCUUCCACUUUGUUCAUGAAUUUGUAACAAUAGUGAUGGACUCUGCUAUCUUGCUAUUUGGUGUAUUGCCUUGGUUCUGGAAGAGAUCAGGUUAUGUUUUGGAAAUCGUUGGCCUUGAUGCAGAAAGUGAAAUAUAUCAUACGCUCGCAUUCUUAGCCGGUGUUAUGAUUUGGUCUCAGAUCACAGACUUGCCAUUUUCUCUCUACUCGACUUUUGUAAUUGAGGAGCGACAUGGCUUUAACAAGCAAACAGUUUGGCUUUUCAUUCGAGACAUGAUUAAGGGCAUGAUCUUGGCUAUAAUAAUAGGACCUCCUGUUGUGGCUGCCAUCAUUUUAAUAGUACAGAAAGGUGGUCCCUACUUGGCUAUCUAUCUUUGGGGAUUCAUGUUUGUUUUGUCCCUUGUCAUGAUGACAAUUUACCCGGUUCUGAUUGCACCCCUUUUUAACAAGUUCACACCGCUACCUGAUGGCGAGCUUAGGACAAAAAUUGAGAAUCUUGCUUCAUCUCUCAAGUUCCCUCUGAAGAAGCUUUUUGUUGUGGAUGGAUCUACAAGGUCGAGCCAUAGCAAUGCAUACAUGUACGGGUUCUUCAAAAACAAGCGCAUUGUGCUUUAUGAUACUUUGAUUCAGCAGUGUAAAAAUGAGGAAGAAGUUGUUGCUGUGAUUGCUCAUGAACUUGGUCACUGGAAACUGAAUCACACAAUGUAUUCUUUCAUUGCUGUUCAGGUUCUUACACUUUUGCAAUUUGGAGGUUAUACACUCGUAAAGAAUUCGAAGGAUCUAUUCCUUAGUUUUGGAUUUGAUACUCAACCAGUACUCAUCGGGCUCAUAUUAUUCCAGCACACCAUAAUACCAAUCCAGCAUCUUGUGAGCUUCUGUCUCAAUCUUGUCAGCCGUGCUUUUGAGUUUCAGGCUGAUGCUUUUGCAAAGAAGCUUGGUUAUUCUAAACCACUUCGAGAUGGACUAGUUAAGCUUCAGGAGGAGAACUUGUCAGCAAUGAACACGGAUCCAUGGUACUCUGCUUAUCACUACUCUCACCCUCCUCUGGUUGAAAGGUUAGCUGCCAUAGACAAAGCCGAUAAGAAGGCAGAUUGAUACAAAACGGUUUGAAGAUUUUAGAGUGUAGACUCAUAUCGAUCGAUGUUCUUGCGGACCACACUGCUACUCUUAAAGCGAUACAUUUGUGUUUUUAGACGAGAAUAGAACGUUGGUAUGUGGUCGAGGUGAGGAAAUGUUAAAAAGGUAAGGGGAUAGAAGAAGUAUCAUGUAGACUUUGUCAUGAACAUUUUUAUCCAGUGUAAAACAUGGUUCUCAGUUGUGGAUGGAUGUACCUGCUUUUCAUUUCCUUUUA